UUAAAUAAUUUAAAUUUAUAAUGUCUCAAGACAAACUAACUCAGGAUAUUAAACAGAUAGUGGGUAUUACACAAUGCACACAAGAGGAGGCUCUUCAGUAUUACUACCAAUGAGAUAAGAAUCUUGAACGUACUGUACAGGCAGUCAUGGAUAGAAGCAUAGUAGGCCAAAGCGGGGCUACUCAAGGACCAAUGACUUCGGAAGAUGCACAACUCCAGAAAGCUCAGAUGGAGAGUUUAAAGACACACCAGCAGCAUGAGAUGGGGAUCACUCCUGGUGACCAAGAUGCACAACUCCAAAAAGCACUGAUGGAGAGUCUAAAUCAAGGGGAAAGCAAUAUGAUGCACAAUGAGCCUCUCCCAAUAGACCAGAGAUUAAGAGAGGGCGGCAAGCCUCCUGGUCUUGUUAACUUCGGGAAUGCUUGCUAUUUCAAUUCGCUCGUUCAGGCCCUUUUCCAUAUCCCUGAAUUUGUAGAAAUCGUAAUGCAGUUCGACCAUCAAGAGGAGAGAAAGAAGCCAGAAAACUUUGAAGAUUCCAAGAAAGAGGAAGACAAGAAGGAGGAAUCAAAAGCUAUGCCCUCAACUGGGAAGUACAAGUAUCGCCUUCUGGAAAAUUUCCAAAUCCUCUUCGGUAAAAUGAUCAAAUCUGAAAAGACUUAUCAGGAUGCCAGAGAGUGCUAUAAUGUUAUCUGGGAGAACAACAAGACUGCCUUACAAACCAAGGGCGAACAGAUGGAUCUCUCUGAGUUUUACUUAUACUUUCAUAAAGAUCUCUUUGAGUCCUUCGAAGUACCAAAAGCUGAUCCAGAUACCGAUGUAGAGAGUAAAGAAGAGUCUAAAGAGGAAUCCAAAGAUGCUGCUCCUCCAGAUUUAGAGAUGAAAAAGAAUGAAUCUGUCCUUGGUGGAGACGAAGAGAUGGAGCCAGAAAAUGAGCAAGAUAUGGAGGUGGACAAUCCAAACUCUCCAAUAGAAAUCGCUGAGAAAAAGUUAAGAGAACUUUUCUGCGGGAAACAAAAAUCUGUGAUGAUUUAUGGCGAAAAUAAUGAAAACACAAGUACCAGAGCUGCUGAAGAGUUCAUAUCUGUAAACCUCUUGCCAAAGAACAAGGACCUAUACUCAGCUUGGGAUGAUGACACUACUGAUAAUAUUUCUGGCUACAAGCCUGAUGAAGGACAAGAGCCUACAGAUGCUACCAAGAUUGUGACCAUUAGUGAACUUCCUAAAUUCCUCAUGUUCAAUAUCCUUAGGGCUGGGUUUGAUGAUAAGGGUAUACCCACCAAGAACAAUGAUAGAUUUGAUUUUGAUGAAGUUAUUUAUCCAGACAGAUACUAUGAGCGCAACUUUGAGGAAGCCAAUAAAGUUAGAAACAAGGUCGAAGAGCUCAGAAAUAAAGUUCAUACCAUCCAAGACCACCUUGAGAAAUUCAAUAACCAUAAGAACAAAGGAAUUGGUGUUGCUAGUCUGCUCCAACUCACCUCAGAUCUAGUGAAAUCUGCUAAUGAAGAUAUCCAAAUUGAAAACCCUCAUGAAAACGUUGAAGUCUUUAUGCCAGAGCAUAUCUUUAACACGGAAGAGAGUGGUCUGACAAACGAAAAGAUUAAUGAGAUCGUAAAUUAUCUCAUGGUAGCCAGAGAUAGUACUUUUAGGAAAAUUGAGAGAAUGGAAGAGCAACUGAAAGACCUUCAGGAUGAGAUUGUCAAAUCAUAUCAGCAUAUUGACAAUGAGCCUUAUUAUCUUCACUCACUGAUGAUUCACGAAGGGACUACUGAAAGUGGCCACUAUUACACUUUCGUGAAAAACUUCAAAGAUAAUUCUUACCUGAAGUUAAAUGACUACAGAGUGGAAGAAGUCAAUAAUGAAGAAGUUGAGAGAUGUAGCAAAGGAGGAAAUGGAGUAAUGAACGCAUACACUCUCGUCUAUGUUCACAGAGAUAUUCAUGCCAAAUUAUCUCAAAGCACAUUCAACACAUACGUCCCACAGUCUGAUGAUUACUAUAACAAGCUAGUCUCGGAUGAUAUGUGAGCCACUAUAUUUGAAGAAGAUCUCAAGUUAAAAGCUGAAAUUGAAGACAGCAAGGUAGCAGAGAAGGCUAAAAAGGUUAAAGAUCUGUAUGAAAAGAGAAUCAAGACAGUUCAGCAGUUCAAAGAGGAGCACAGCACUUAUAAUAAAUACAAUUACGCAUCUAUCGUGCUGAGCUUUGACCAGAAAACUAAGGUCCAGAAUGACUUUUGGCAUCUUGGAAAAUGGUUCCUCUUCAACCAAUGCUAUAAAGAAGCUUUGGGUACUGAUGAAGACAUGAUUAACUUACCUUCUGAUGAUAAGUUGAGAAACAAAUUGGCUGAAAUCAUCACAUCAGGAGGAGAUAAUUAUCCUACCAUUUUCUCUUUGACUGACGAAGGAAUUGUCAAAGUUUCAGAAAUUACAGGGAAUUAUAAGGAUAACUUGAUCACAGCCAUUAUCUGCUGCGAAGUAUUUUCAGAUUUAGUUUACCAAGACUAUACUGGAGCGGUCAGAAAAAUUAUGAAGAGAUUCAGUGAAAUCCAAGACUUGAAUAAGAUUAACUUCCUGAGAGAUGGAGGAAGAGUCUCACUCAUUAGAUUAACUUCUCAGAUCAAUGAGCUAAUUAUUAAAGGUGAAGCAUUUGAGCAGAAAAUAUUACCUAUCUUGAUUACCUUCGUGCAAGUCUACGGUACAACCUACACCGACUAUGAAGAUCUGCAUUACAAACAAGUCUGUGCUAAUCUCAGAGCUACUCUUGACGUCGCUAGAGACAAACUUGGUGAAAAUGCUGCGAAAUUUGAGGAACUUGUGACAAUCCUUGAGAAUAAAAAUUUCGGCGAACUCCAAAUCCCUGAAAACUUAUUGCCAAGCUAUGGAGAAGACCUUGACCAUAAGAUCAGCGAAGUUAGAAGCAUGGACUUCAUCCAGAAAUGGCACGAUGUGUACUCUGAGAAGAACAUCAUGGUUACCUUCGAGAAGGGUUUAGGCGAAUUUAGGAAAAACUUAGAAAAGUACAUCGAGACACAUAAGAGACUUGUGAAGAAAGCAAAUGGUCUAUUCUCAGCAGAGGACUUCUUCAAGAUUGAAGAGGAACACGGAAUCAACUUGAGACAAUUCUGAGCUGAAUAAAACGUUUAAUAGUACAUU